AGGACCUCAGUCACGAAAUUUCAAUUGUAUGGAUGUGGUUUUGAUACCGGCCAGACUCUACGGUUCCCAAGAUCCUGCAGAAAUUCUUCUACAUUUCUCAUGGUGCGUAUACGAAAUGCGCUCAGCUGCCGCAGGCGCAAUAAUUACCUCUCGACUGAUCUUGUGAACACUACAACUACUCGACCAGGCGACCAUUUUUCUUUACCCUUUGCUUGCCGCUCGCUGUCGUCGAUCCGUUCCUUCCUUUGCGACCCAGCGCGUGACUAUAUUUUCUUUCUAAGAUCAUGAUAAUUGAUAGUACUCGUUUGCGACAUGAGUCCAAAUCGUGAAUCCUAGAACAUCAAGUAGAAACUAGAAACUUCAAGCCAUAGCCAUGUCCACCUUAGCCGCUGGCGAGGGAACCCCCAGCACCUCGGGAGGUAGUUCCGAUGUGGGUGGUGCCACCAACAGUGCGGGGAAAAUUUCCAGUCCUGUGUUGCAGAGCAGCAGUACAACUAAAUCUAAUACCAUAAAUGCAAAAGAAGAAGUCCACCUCGUCCUCGAGAGCUGCAACAGCACCGGCCGCGACGUCCCCACUUCUGGAAAAGAACUUUCUCCUGUAGGAUGCGACUCGCUCCCCAGCAGCAGCUCCGCACUCCUCGCCGACAUGGCAAACCGCAAAAUCGCCUUGGUCCUGGGCUUCAACGGCAAGGCCUACCGCGGGCUGCAGAUCAGCUACCUGGACAAGAUUGAAACCAUUGAAAACGAACUGCGGAAGGCGUUUUUCGAGCUGAAGAGCAUCAAGAACGAAAAUGUGGAACUAACCAAAUUUGACUGGUCGCGUUCCUCCCGCACCGACGCAGGCGUGUCCGCGCGGGUGAUUUGCCUCGGCUGCAAGAUCGGGAUUCCGGUGUGGCGGGAUCGGAACAAUGCUAAUCCGGAGACGAACGUGGUCGAGGAGAGGCUGGACUUUUUCAAAGCGAAACUAAACGAGAUUUUCGACCGGGAAAACGCAAAUAUCCGAGUUUUCAACGUGCUCCGCGUGCCGAAACGCUUCGACGCGCAGAAGGCGGCCAGCUGGCGGGAAUACAGCUACUUGCUGCCGAAAAGGGUCGUGGUGGGUGGUCUUGCAGCCGGCGGGGGUGGUCGGCUCACUGAUGGGGCAACGCGGGAGGAUGCUGUCAAGAACCAUACGACACCUACUUCAUCCGACAACGACGUUCAUACUGCAGAGCAGCUAAUGUUGCAGGGAAAAGUAGAGGAACAAGCAAAUGGCAACGGUAUGAUGAUGGCAGCGGAACAAGACCUUCCGCAGAACGUUACGACUUCUCGUACAAAAACAGAAACGACCAAGCAAUCCUUUUCCACAGUCCCAGAAACGAAGAGGCAGUUUGAAAGCCGGGAAAAAACUUUGCGGCCUUUGAACGUCGACCGGCUGCAGGCGGCUUUGGAUUGUUUCCUCGGCGUGCACUCGUUCCAUAACUUCUGCAAUUUGAAAUCAAGAGAUGUCAGUGGAGGAGGUGGCGGAGCGUCGCUACAACCGGCUUGUGGUGAUAAAGCGGCUGUUUCUCGUCCUGCAGCAGAAGACGCUACAGAGCUUGUUGAAGGAACAGAAGAGACUAGUGCACUAGCGGGAGACGCUGCUGGAGGUCCUCCGAGCAAGAAGCGGAAAAUCUUCGAGGGGAAUUAUAAAAACAAGGGGAAUAAUAAAGGCAAGAAAGGUGCCGGUAAAGGAGCGGGCAAAAAGAAGGGAAAGAAGGACAACAACAGCUUCAAGGAACCUUCUGAGGGGCAAGAAAACAACACGACAAAAAAAGAGACGGAGGAGGAGUUAGAACUUGCGACGUCCACCUCAAAUCACAAAGCUGUAGAACCCGCCGCCGCCCCGCCAACUCCAACAUUAUUUCAGUCCCCCAACAUGGUUGACUGGGCGCGAUUGGUGGUGAAAGCGACGAACGCUGCUGAUUUUGAUUUACUGGAGGAAAAGUACCGGAAGCGGUCGAAAGAUUUGUUUAAACACACUUUAUCCACGAUCUACUUCUUCAAAGUGACUGAAGAGUCGAAGGCGGAAGGGGAGGAAUUCCUGGAAAUUCGCGUGCGGGGACAGUUUUUCCUUUACAACCAAAUUCGCCUCAUGAUUGGCGCCGCGGUGGCCCACGCGUUCGGGCUGUAUAGCAGCGAUAGUACUAGCUGUUUAUCAUCGUCAACAACAUCCGAUCCCGGUCUCGAACUGAUUCGCAACGCCCUUGUCUCUCCCAUUGAGUGCCAGUUUCCGCUUGCGCCCGGAGAGGGUCUGUGCCUCUACCAGGCGGGGUUUUCGCAGUUUGACGAGCGACAGGGGCGCAUGGCGCUGGACAGGAAGCAAUUUGAGAAGUGCUUCGACUGCAAAGCUUCAGCAUCUCCAGAAAAUGGACACGCUAGUGUCCAGCCCAACCGAAAGGAAGAGCAGCAAGGUCCGCGGGAUUUUUUACUGUUGCAAAACGACGGUCAGAUUGCGGAGAUGGACAAGUUCUACCGGGAGAAAAUUCUCACCUCGAUUGGCACCGAACAGUAUCAGGAAAUUUACGACACUUGGGUGCUCACCAGCGGGUUGCACCGCAUCGAGAUUUCGGAGGAAGCCAGGCAUGUACUUGCAAAGACUUCUGGUCGACAAUUCUUUGCAGCCGGUAGUACUGGUACAUCAACAGGAUCUACUACUACUUCUUCUACUUCUUCGCGAUCAGCAGGAGCAGCAACGGCAGUGACCGGUAUUAAAAUCACAAAAAACGUGACAAAUGCGCGUGAAAUCGGAUUUGAGAACUUCAGCAAUUCCUCCAACAAGUACUACCAAAACUGCCUGCCCCCGAGGUUCACGAGUUCCCUGCUGAUCGCCUUCCCGGAGAGGUUUCUGCCGGGGCCGAAACUGACGAACUUUCAGGUCGAAUUAGUGCGGAAACUGGUGGACUUGUGGGAAAGCGGGGACACGACGCAGGAACCCUGGAAAAUGGAAACCGAGGACUUGCUGGUGUUCGUGGAAAGAAAAAUGCUGGCUGGGUCGUGAAGAAGAAAAUGAGGAAGAGGAUAGCCUGAGGUUUAUGGUUAUGGUUUCUGUUGCUGCAAUGAAAUGAUCGAGGAAGUGGUGGUGGGGCUAGAUGAGGGUCUUCUGAACAGAUGUCGAUGUUUUCCCCAGUUGACGACUCAACCUCUCGAUUGCGGUCCGAGGGAUAAGCAAUUAUUUUCACGCGAUAAAUUUGAAAAAGCACAAACCUGAAAGAAAUGUGCCCACCGCGGCAUUGGAGACCACAGGAACGCGUAAACAGACGAG